AUGAGCCACAUCUACGGCAGCCACCUCUCCCCCCUGGGCAAUCCCUCCAUGGUUUAUCUCCCGGCCGCCCUCGGCUUCGCCCCCGGGGGACCGAUCUCCCGGCAGGACCCCCCCCAGAAGCCCCCCUACAGCUACAUUGCCCUCAUCGCCAUGGCCAUCAAAGAAGCCCCGGAGCAGAAAGUGACGCUCAGCGGCAUCUACCAGUUCAUCAUGGACCGCUUCCCCUUCUACCACGACAACAAGCAGGGCUGGCAGAACAGCAUCCGCCACAACCUCUCCCUCAACGACUGCUUCGUCAAGGUGCCGCGGGAGAAGGGGCGGCCCGGCAAGGGCAGCUACUGGACCCUGGACCCGCGGUGCCUGGACAUGUUCGAGAACGGCAACUACCGCCGGAGGAAGAGGAAGCCCAAAACCCCGGGGCCGCCCGAGGCGAAGGGUGGCGAGCAGCCGGGGCCGCCCGCCCGCCCCGUCGAGCCCAAGCGGUCCAAGGGGAGUGCGGCGGCCGCGGGGGACGCGGGGGUCCCGCGGCCGGGCCGGGGGGCAGCGGCUUCCCCGGGGGGUCCGGCCCCGGUCCCUCCCGCCGCCGCCCCGCCGCACAAGAGCGGCCCGCGGGGCCGCAGCUUCAGCAUCGAGAGCAUCCUGGCUCAGGGGCUGCGGCAGCCGCCCCCCGGGGCAGCCCCCAAGGCGGCCCGGGAGGGCCCCGCCGGCUGCCUCGGCGGCUCCCUGGUCGCCAGCGGCGGCUUCGGCCCGACCCUCAACACCUCCCUCAUGCUCGACUCCCAGGUGCACGGGAGGCUCUACCACAUCGGCAUCCCCUUCCUCUCCUGCUUCCCUCUCCACGUAUCCGAGGCGGUAUUUAAUUUCCAGUAG